AUGGAUCGACUCGCCCUGUCGAAGUGCACCAUCAUCCUCGUCAAUGGGCUGUGGAUGAGAGCGGCGUUGACUCCACCCAAUGCACAUACACCUCCAGAGAAGCGGUUCGUCCCAGAUUGGAGAGAACGUUUCACGCUGGCUGUGAUACCUUUCCACGGGAUGUUCAAGAUGAUGUACUGGCUCGCAGGCCUCGUCGAAGUCCUCGCCAUCCUCGCCACCUCGCACCCCGAUUUUGCCAUCUCGAGAUCCAUCCUCCGCCUCCUCCACGCCUCCAACAUCCACCAGUCCAAGCUUAUAGGCACUCUCCAACCCUUCUUCGUCAUCGGAACGCUGAUGAUGUGGUUGGGCGGGUCACUGCGGCUGUACGCCUAUCGUACGCUAGGACGUCACUUUACCUUCCAACUUGCGAUUCACCCCGACCACGUCCUUGUGGACUAUGGACCUUACUCGAUCGUGAGGCAUCCCAGCUAUACGGGGCUGAUUAUGUUGCUGGCGGGUGCGUUUGUGAGUAACGUGGAGGGCUCGUGGGUGAGGGAGAGUGGGAUUUUGGAUUAUUUGGUUGUGAGGCUGUUGCUGGCGGGGUGGGUGUUGGUGCUGUUGGGGAUUGUGGUUAGCCUGGUGCUGAGGGUGACGAAUGAGGAUCGGUUGAUGAAGGGGGAGUUUGAGAAGGAGUGGGUGGCGUGGGCGAAGAAGGUUCCGUAUAGGCUGAUUCCUCUGGUUUACUGA